AUGGGCAAGACAUUCCACAAGAUCCACGCCAGCUCGGCAGGCAAAUUCCCCAAAGACGGAGACAAAAUCCCGCAAUGGAUCCGCGCCAACGGAGGCGAAUACCAUUCGGCUAUCACCCCGCAAGUGACUCAUCUCAUCACGACUCUCGAGGCGUAUAAGAAGAAUAUCGCGCCAGUCCGCGAAGCCAAGGCGCUGAAAAACAUCAAGAUCGUCACCUUCGACUGGCUGGAAGAUUCCUUGCUCGGCAGGGGCAAGAAGCCAAAACGGGUGACCGAAUACCUCCUGGAAACGAUUGUAAAGGACGAGGAGAAACGGAAAAAGAAACCAGCUCGAGAGGCGUCUCGGACCACGAAGCCGGUAGACGCUGCAGCGGCCACAACGCGGAAGGCUGGUGCCGCGAAGAAACCCGCAGCUAAGUAUUGCAUCUACGUGGGCGAAACAACAGGGAUCAAGUACGAUAUCCCUCUGGUGCGGUUCAUGGCCUGUAGAAGGUCGAGAGAGAAGAUCCGUCUCAAGGUAUACGAAUCCAAGGCCGAGCCACACGUUUACGCUACGCGCAUGGAAUACAGUCGCACCGGAGCAGCUUGUGCCCAGAUGUUGACACCUCUGGGAACUAGUUUGAAGAUAGCUAUGGAUGCAUUUGAGGCAAAGUUCAUGAGUAAGACCGGAGUAGCCUGGGCUGAUCGCUCGAAUGGGGUUGCGCCUCCUCCGAAGAUGGACAAGGAAGGCAAUCCGCUGCCUGCGGACAAGGGGUGGUAUUUCUUCGAAGACGGCCAGAGCAUAUUAUCCCAGUACCUUCAUUCUCAUACUGCUGUCGAAGACCAGGGGCAUGAAGUCGAAACAGCAGGUGGGGCCAGCUUGGUUUGA